UUGUAGACAAGUUUCCAAAGACAGCAGAAAGUGUUCAUGCUCUGAGCACUGGAGAGAAAGGAUUUGGUUAGAAGGGUUCCUGCUUUCACAGAAUAUUCCAGGGUUUAUGUGUCAGGGUGGUGACUUCACACACCAUAAUGGCACUGGUGGCAAGUCCAUCUAUGGGGAGAAAUUUGAUGAUGAGAACUUCAUCCUGAAGCAGACAGGUCCUGGCAUCUUGUCCAAGGCAAAUGCUGGACCCAACACAAACGGUUCUCAGUUUUUCAUCUGCACUGCCAAGAGUGACUGGUUGGAUGGCGAGCAUGUGGUCUUUGGCAAGGUGAAAGAAGGCAUGAAUAUUGUGGAGACCGUGGAGGGUUUGGGGUCCAGGAAUGGCAAGACCAGCAAGAAGAUCACCACUGCUGACUGUGAAUGACUCUAAUAAGCUUGACUUGUGUUUGUUUUGUUUCGGUUUUGAGAAGGUUUCACUCUUGCCUUCCAGGCUGGAGUGCAAU